UCCAGAAAGAAGCGUGGAGUAGAGACAGAAAAGGAAACCCUGGGCCAUUAAUCAAAGAUCGAACGAGAAGUAACCCUAGAGAAAGUUGAUUUUGGCAAUGGGUGAAGAGAAUAAUAAGCAACAAGUUGUAGGAUCAGAAUACAAUUUGGAUGCAAAAUGGGAUGCUUGUCUUGAUUUGGGUGUUCGUCGUUUCGCUUACUUUUCCUUAAUCGGUGGUUUUGCCGGUCUUCUCCUUUUCCGAAGUCCCGUGACACGCUGGGCAUCCACAGCAUUUGGUGCUGGGACAGGUAUAGGAUCCGCAUACACAGAAUGCUCUCAGAUAUUUGGUGGAUAUCCUGGAAAAUCAACUGCUAGUGUUUCUGAGACUCCUAUUACCAAGGAUGGGGAGGAAUGAAGCAACCCUUUCACUAGUACCACCGAUCAAAUUUUUCUUUAGCUGAUGAGAUUGUUGUUUCCUGUGGCUUUUUGCCCUUUGUUAAGCCAAUAUUGUUUUGUAUGACUUGAUCUUCAGAGCAAUCUAUCGCUCAUUUGUUUUAUUUUACUUUGUAACUGUUACUAUCAAAAUGGAAUUAGCUAGCCAAAGGAAAGAAGAAUAAUUGCUUUAGCUGCAUCUUCUUGUGUUGUGUUCACUCCUUUGCUGAUGAAAGUAUUUUGUGCCCUCUGGGCUAUGAAGUACUA